AAAAAGAUUUUCUUUUGUUCGUCAAAAUUUUCGACAAAAAAACAAAUUUAAAAUUUGUAACCAAGAAAUGCUUUAAUAUUUGCCGGAAAUCUUUAUUUGUACCAUUUUUAAACAAUAUUUUUAAUACAAAUUCGAACAGCAAAGUUUUUGACUCGCUGAGUAGUCAAAAUUAAAAGAAAAAAACUAAAAAUAUAUCGGAAGAGUCUAUAUAAUCAAUAACGGACGUAGCCAACUCUGCUGCCUGCAGCCCUCAAUCCAUACUAUUCAUAGUGGUGCAAUUGCGAUACAUUCGUUUACUACAUCUAUAAAAUCAUAUUGAGAUAAAGAGCCGGAAAAAAUGAAUUUGAAAAAUUCCAAAUUCUUUAAGCGAAUUCAAGAGUUGCGCCGCCUGUCCAAAGAUAAAAUACGGAAAGAAAAAAAUCGUGGUGUGCGUAUAGAUUUUGAGUUGGAGAGUGCAUUGAAGGAGCGAAAUGGCGACUGUGUAAGCUCCAUACAGCGUAAGGGCUGUACCGGCAACGAAACUCUGAAAGGUGAGAAAUAUGAUCAGAGCGAAUAUUCUGAGAAAAACCAAAAAAACCAAGACGUUUCCGAUGGUCUAAUUCAGUUGAAUAAUGUCUGCUUCCGUUUAAAAUGCGCCAGUCUACCGAAAUCUCAAUUGUUAAGGGAUGAACAGCCAAAUAUAUCCAUAAAAGGUAGCAUAUGUGUAUCAAAUUCGCGUUACAGCAUGAUUGGUCGGGUAUCAAAGACAUUGGGGUUCAAAGUCGUCAAAGAAGCCAAGCUUUGGAAUAUCUUGUGGACCGACACUUUGCCAGGAGUAGAAUUGUACAAGAGUAUGAAGCGUUUUCAACAGAUCAACCACUAUCCCGGUAUGAUGGAGAUCUGUCGCAAAGACUUGCUCUCGCGCAAUUUGAAUCGCAUGCUGAAACUGUUUCCACGCGAUUACAAAAUAUUUCCGAAAACAUGGAUUUUCCCAGCAGAUUAUGGUGACGCAUUAAACUAUGCUAAUAACAAUUACAAGAACAAGGCACGUACAUUUAUUAUUAAACCGGAUUCGGGUGCUAUGGGUAGAGGUAUUUGGUUGACAAACGAUUUGAAAUCCAUAAAUCCCUCGGAGCGCAUGAUUUGUCAGACAUAUAUCAAUAAGCCCCUAUUGAUUGAUGGCUACAAAUUCGAUUUGCGCGUCUAUACGCUAAUAACCUCUGUGGAUCCAUUGAGGAUCUUUGUUUAUAACGAAGGCUUAGCACGCUUCGCCACUAGCAAAUACGUGGAGCCAACGACUGAGAACAGUUGCGACCUGUUCAUGCAUCUGACCAACUAUUCAGUCAAUAAGCGCAGCUCUCAAUAUGACUUGUGCGACAAUGAUGACUGCGGUAGCAAACGAAAAUUUUGUGCCAUCAACAAUUGGUUGCGACGUCGUAACUACGAAGUCGACGAAUUUUGGGGAAAGAUAGACGAUAUUAUCAUCAAGACAGUGUUGAGUGCUUGGCCAAUGUUGAAGCACAACUAUCACGCCUGUUUCCCAGCACACGAUAAGAUACAAGCGUGCUUCGAGAUACUCGGCUUCGACAUAUUGGUCGAUUCGAAGAUGAAACCCUAUGUUCUUGAAGUAAAUCACUCGCCUAGCUAUCACACGCACGAGUUAGUGGAUCGUCAAGUGAAAAAAGCACUAAUAAGAGACACACUGUUAAUGGUAAGCACACCUUUAGCCGACAAAAAACAGAUAUUACGUGAGGAUCGAAAACGGAUAAAACAACGUUUGUUAAAGUUGAACAAAGCCGAGGCACCUCUGAACUCACAGCGGCAGCCCCCAGCAACGAAUAAUUUUGUACCGAAUGCUGAUAUCAAUAGCACAGCCAGAGCUAGCGAUGAGCCGCCUCUAUUGGAAGAAGGAACGCAGGAUGCUGGACUUAGCGCUCUCUCACAACAGAUUGCUUGGGAGGAGAGUCAUUUGGGAGACUUUCGUCGUGUUAUGCCACCGCAUGAUCCUGAUCGCCUAAAUUAUUAUUGUCAGUUCUUUGCUUUGCAGAAUCAGGCCUCCAUUUAUAGUGAGACAGCGGCAAGCAAGAAGAGGGAGGAAGUUGCGAAGAAAAUGCGUCUUGAAAUCGAAGAAAAGCGACAACGUCAAUUGGAGGUGCUCUCCGGCCAAAAGCGACGUAUGAAGCUAGAAGAGCGUCGUCGUAAACGUGCCGCUAUGCCGCGUGCAAUCGUCGAGCGUCAUCGGCUAUCACGAUUUCGUGCACAAGAGCAUUGGACACCCGGUUUUAUAUCAGAAGCGGAAGAACGCUUACGACGCACUUGGAUGCAGAUGCGAAGUGAAAUGCUACGCAAUAACAAAAUCGUGCAAAUGAUCUACAAGGACUUCUACAAUGGCGGCAAUCUAACCAAUGCUGAUAUCAUAACUUAUCCAGAAUUGUAUCGCUGUUUGGAGCGUGGCGCGGAUAUUAUGAGCGACUAAUUUUUUUGGUCAAUCGUUAAAGGAAAAUUGUAACUGAUUGAAUGACAAAAGUUAUCCUUGCCCAUCUCGCUUUAGUAUAAUAAUAUUGCUGGUGUUUCAUCGAUAUAUAUAUAGACGAUAUAUAUUUGUCUAAUCUGUUUAUAUACAUACAUAUGUGAUAUCUAUGUAAAUGUACUGAUAUGUAUUUUGUUAGUCCAUAGUAUAUUGUUUACUUUUA